AUGGGAGUAACACUCGAUCUUUGUGAGGAAGUCCUGUUCAAGUUUUAUGCCAAAGCUGAACACGUUGACUCGGUUUACAUCGCCAUGUGCAUUCUGAACGGUUUACUAACUUUCACCGCAAUCUUUGGAAAUGCAGCCAUAAUUUUCGCCCUACAAAAAGCUUCAUCAAUUCCAACUACAGCAAAAAUUCUGAUGCAAAGCCUGGCUGUGACUGAUCUAAGCAGUGGCUUCUUCACUCAUCCAUUGUACAUCGCAGUUGUCGCACGAAUUCGACAAAGUCACGAGUGUAAACAUGUUCAAGAAGUACUGAUGGCGUUUUUCGUUAUUUCCACUGUUUUGGUCUCUGUAUCCUUCCAGGUAGUAACUCUAAUCGGUAUUGAUCGCUUCCUAUCAAUAACUUUGCAUCUUCGAUAUAACCAGCUUGUUACACCAAAACGAAUCAUUGCAGUUGUCGCCGGCGCAUGGGUAUUUUCGCUAUCGAAUGUGUUUGUAGUAGUCUUCAUUGAAAUUCGCGUAGGAGAGAUAGUGCUUCUUGUGUUUUGUUAUGUUGGUAUACUUUCACUCUGUAUCGUUAACUUCAAGGUUUACUCCGUGGCUCGCCGGCAUCAAGCGAUUAUCCAAAGUCAAGCGCAAGUGACUGCACAUCAUUUGUCCAACACUACAAACUCGGCACGAAACGUAAAUUUGGCUGUCAAAGUAUUGUAUGUGUUUGUAGUGUUUCUUUUUUGUAACUUGCCGUACUUGAUCAUUUUGACUGUGUUGCUUAUUUCUGGCCCAAAUGUUGUACUUCAAGGAACCAUUCAAUUUUCCACCGUUUUAAUGAUGCUAAAUUCAUCAUUAAAUCCCGUUGUGUUUGGUUUGAAAAUGAAAGAAAUUCGCCAAAUCAUCAAAAGGGAACUCAAGAUGCUUUUUCACAGUACAUAA